GUCGCAGAUCGUGGCGGAAUGAGUUCCAUAAAAAGCGAUUUGAAAAGGCUCUCCGAAAUACUGAAGACAUGGCCUGAGCGGGUCCGUAAGAGAACCACUCGAGGUAUGAAUGAGCUGGUUGAAACGAGGUGAUCAAGCACAACAAAAUUCGAAGUGCGCUUUGCCCCGCAGGCAGACGUGGAGCGCCCGACUGCGCUACAAUAAUAGUACUUGCAGAAUCGGCUAGCGUUGCAAGUUCCUGAUUACCUCCAUACCCAUCCUUCCCCAUUUGCUUUGCUUGAGCCAUGUUCUCUGGUCAGCGGACUCGACAGACGUAUGACAUAGAUGGCGACGAAGUGCAUUACCCGACAAGGCCAGUCGACAAGGACAAGGCCGAAGCUGAACUGGUCGUGAAUAUCAAGAAAGCAACAAAUCCAGAGGAGACUGCACCUAAGCAGAAGCAUGUUCGGAAAUGUAUUGUCUAUACAUGGGAUUACCAUUCAUCAAUAUCGUUCUGGACUGGACUCCGAGUGCAACCUAUAUUGUCCGAUGAAGUACAGACAUUCAAAGCACUCAUUGUAGUUCACAAGGUGCUGCAGGAAGGCCAUCCGGUGACUAUCAAGGAGGCUCAUGGUCAGACGGGAUGGCUCGAGACUUGCGCUAGAGCCGUUUCUACUGAUAGUGCGCGAGGUUACGGUCCACUAAUCAGGACAUAUGUGCAAUUCAUCCUCGCAAAGCUUCGCUUCCAUCGGCUGAGGCCUGAGUUCAAUGGGUUGUUUGAGUAUGAGGAAUAUGUUACACUGAAAGGAAUUGAUGAUCCCAAUGAAGGCUAUGAGACCAUUUCGGAUCUCAUGGGCUUACAAGACCAGAUCGAUUCAUUCCAGAAGAUGAUUUUCGCCCAUUUCCGUCAUUCAGCAAACAAUGAAUGUCGGAUAUCUGCACUUGUCCCUUUGGUCAAGGAAAGCUGGGGAAUUUAUCGUUUCAUCACUAGCAUGCUUCGGGCCAUGCACAGAAGAACUGAUGACCACGAAGCUUUGGAACCACUUCGCCAACGGUUCAGCGCACAGCACUACGCGCUGCGAAAGUUCUACUACGAGUGCUCCAACCUGAAAUAUCUUACUAGUCUGAUCAAUGUGCCAAAGCUUGGCCAGGAUCCACCCAAUCUCCUCGAUAGUGGCUCUGCGCCUGAUCUUCCUGCUCGUCCAGCCACUGCUGCUGCCGCAAUUAAGACCCCACCACCUGUAGCACCAACGCCAGAUGCUGCCGCUAUCAGCGAACAAGCUCGCAUGUUGAAGGAAUACGAAGAUCAGCAAGCCGCUUUGCUGGCCGCUCGUCAAGCUGAAGAACAACGACUACACGAUCUCGCAGACCAGCAACGUCGCGAAUUUGAGCAGAGGCAGGCGGAGCAAGCUGAACGAGAACGCCAGGCCCAAGAACAACUAAUGCAACAACAACUAAUGCAAUAUAACAAUCAAGCUGCUCAGCAGAUGCAUGAACUUGAACGAGAGCUUCUGGCUAUGCGUGGUCAAUACGAGCGAGAUCAAAUGAUGCUAGAGCAAUAUGACAGGAGAGUCAAGGCGCUAGAAGGCGAACUCAGCACUGUGACUGCCAACGUCAAUGCACAGAUGAUGUCGAAGGACGACUUGAUUAAGCAGCUACAAGACCAGGUCACACUUUGGCGUAAUAAGUAUGAAGCCCUUGCCAAGCUUUACAGCCAGUUGCGGACAGAACAUCUCGACAUGCUCGCGAAGUUCAAGCAAAUGCAGUUAAAGGCGAACUCGGCUCAGGAGGCCAUUGAUCGCAUGGAACGAAUGGAGCGGGACUUGAAGGCGAAGAAUUUGGAGCUUGCAGAUAUGAUUCGUGAGCGCGAUCGAGCAAGAUUUGACCUCGACCGCCAGAAGGCUAGCCAGAAAGACGAGUUGGAUCGCAUCCGUCGAGAGCUUAACUUCGCUAACGAACGCGCAGAGGACGCUUCUCGCUCAAAGAGCUCAGAGGUGUCCAAUGUGCUCUCGAAGUAUAACAGGCAACUCUCCGAGUUGGAAGACUCCCUUCGAGCCAAGCAAAUUCAAAUUGACGAUCUUUUGGGCAAGUUGGACAAUGCUAGUCACGAGAUUGAACGUGUUCAGGACGAGAAGGAUCAAGAGAUUGCUAUCCUUCAGGAGGGAAUGGAUACGACCAUUCAGCAGCUGUCUGAUGCACAACAGACCCAAGGCAUUGCCGAGGAAGCCGUGAAUGCACAGAUCGACAACUUGAUUCUUGACAACAGGAAGAAACUUAAUGCUAUUAUCGACUCGAUCCUCCAGGCUUGUGUUCAGAAGGUCGACGAAUCGAUCUAUGAACUGGAGUCACCUGCGCAAGCCGGCAACCUCAAUUCCACUCCAGAAUAUACCUUAUCGAUGAUAGAGAAGGCGAUCAACAACGCUGUGGAGUUUGCUACAGUUUUCAACUUGUACUUGAGCGGUGACAUUGGUGGCGACCACGUCGACGUCAUCAAGGCCGCAAAUGAGCUGGCGCAGUCACUCUCCGAUGUCUUGAUCAAUACCAAAGGCAUCACUCGGCUUGUGAGUGACGAAGAAGCAGACAAGCUCGUCGCAGUUGCAAAGACCGCUGGAGACGUCGGUCUUCGAGUUUUCCUCAACCUGCAAUCUUACAAGCUUGAUCUAAUUCCGGAGACUAGUCAGAAGAAAGAGGUUGCCAUGCGUAACAACGUCGAAGUGCGCAACGCGCUGACCAAGUUGUCGGAGACCGUCGACAAACUCGUGCCGAAGGGUGGCAAGGCAGGCGCUUUGGCUAAGGCGAAUGGUGACAUUGGAGAUUUAGUCGAGCAAGAGAUGCUGGGUGCAGCGAAGGCGAUUGCAGCUGCGACCGAGCGUCUGCAGCAGCUCAUGUCUCGUCCCCGCGAUUCCUCACGAUACAGCGCUGUCGAUCUGCAAGUCCACGAUUCAAUCUUGGCGGCUGCACUCGCAAUCACGAGCGCUAUCGCUCGCCUUAUUCAGGCUGCUACCGAGUCCCAGCAAGAGAUUGUGGCUCAAGGGAAAGGUUCGAGCACGUCCCAGCAGUUCUACAAAAAGAACAACCGUUGGACAGAGGGUCUCAUUUCCGCUGCUCGCGCUGUUGCCUUUGCUACCAACCUGCUCAUCGAAUGCGCCGACGGAGUUUUGUCUGGUACACAUUCUUUGGAGCAGCUUAUUGUUGCAUCCAACGAGGUCGCGGCUGCGACUGCUCAGCUUGUUGCAGCUUCUCGUGUCAAGGCGAACUUGAUGUCGAAGACUCAAGAGCAUUUGGAGCUCGCUGCCAAGGCUGUCACCGAGGCCUGCAAAGCUUUAGUCAAGCAGGUGAAGGCGAUAUCUGCCAAGCAGUCUCAAGAGGAAGAAGUCGACUACAAGAGCAUGGCUACUAUGGAGUUCAAGAAGAGAGAGAUGGAACAGCAGGUCGAGAUCUUGAAGUUGGAGAAGGACUUGGGUGCUGCACGACAUCGUCUCGGAGCAAUGCGUCGUGCAGGUUACCACACCGACGAAACCGACUGAUUUUUCCGUCUUCUCUUUUCUUCUUCUUUCCCUUUACACUCAUACCCUCAGUCCCCUUCGGAGGGUAUACACGUUCUCUACUCGUCAAUUUCUACUCGUCGAAUGGGUCUAAUAGUCUACGGAUAUUUCAUAUAUAACCUUCCUUUUGCUUCUCAAUUCAGAUUGUUCAUUGAAUGGUGAUCAUAAAGUGCCAGGAAAGCCCAUUUAUACAGCAAGUCUGCCAAUAGUAAGUAUCUUGACGAUGUAAAACAAGAAGGAUAGG